GAAAAUUGAAAAGAUUAAAACUCUUUCAAUCGGCGGGAUCCUCGUCACCACGCCGCCACGCCCACCUGCCUGCCUCGCCGCCGUUACUUCCGUCCUGCCGCGUCACUCCUCCACGGCUCCUUCAUCGUCGCUCCUUCCUCGCCGCUGCAGGCUCGUUGCUCCACGGCUCCUUCCAUUGAUUUUUGGUAUUCUUGUAAGAGUUUUGAUUCUCCAUAUUUUCUUCUCAAAUCAAUCGGAGCAUCUCCUAAGAUUUUGAACAGAUUGUUGUAAAAUGGUGCUAUGGAACUGCUCAUAACUGAGUUUCGAUACAGUAAUAGAUUUUUGUCUCGCUGGUGAGUUACUCACGGGAUAAAGAUGCUUGGCAUUUCAUACGGGGAGUUGUUCCUCAUUGUUGGAGCUGCAGCCGCCCUUAUCGGUCCAAAGGAUCUUCCAGUGAUAGCUAGAACGGCUGGGAGGUUAGCUGGGCGCGCAAUUGGAUAUGUUCAAGUGGCACGGGGACAAUUUGAAAGCGUUAUGCAUCAAUCUCAAGCUCGUCAGGUGCAUAAAGAACUACAAGAUACAAUGGCACAGCUAGAAGCAAUACGCCAUGAAGUUCGGUCCAUUUCUUUCAUGAACCCUGGUCCCUUGACAACAAGACUUGUUGAUAAUAUUGCUAGUCAACCACCUGUUACAAACGUGGAAAAGGAAUCUUCAAAACCUCCUCAAGAGAGCAAUGUGAGAGUUGAGACCCCAGUUGCCAGUAGAAAGACCAAGGAUCACAGUCCGUCGACCUUUUCGCUGUCUGAUGUGCAUAGCCAAGCAAGCGCAUAUGCAAGAUUGGCUGAAUCUGCACCCUUGACUGCAAAUUCCAUGGACGAUGUUCUUAAUGAGUUAAAGGAUGAUUCUGGUCAGUUCGUUGUUCUACCUAUAUCAGCUGAAACUGCUAAACUGUUGCCCUGUCAAAAAGGUGAUUUGAGUGGCUCCGACUUAUUGUUAGAGGCAGUACUCGAGGAAGAGGUGGCCCGCAAUGCAAAGAGUUUCUUCUCUCAAGCCCAAAUCCAAACAAAGAGUGAAUGAGUAAGUAAUAUUGUACCUAAAGUAUGUUAGAUUGUCUUGAGAUUUUGCCUUCCCCACCCCCCCAAAAAAAGUCUCGAAACCCGUAAUAUCAAUUGAAUACUACUCUUGAUAACCUUUAUGCUGCAUAUUACAUUGCAUUAGUCUAUUUAGUUGUGGCUGAGUUUUGAUAGUAUCACGCAACAAAGCCCGUAAUAUCAAUUGAAUACUACUCUUGAUAA